UGAGAUGGUUUAAUAUGUGGGAUAACAAAGCCACUAAUCAAAUGGCAUCCCUGGACCACAUUCUUCGUCUUCUUCCUCUGCUCUUCAUCAUCAUCAUCAUCUCUUCCUUACAAGUUUUGCCAGCUUCAGCCAAAUCUUCAGACAAACUAAAAACCGCCACUACCAUCCGUAAAGUAAACCGCAAAGGACCUUACGUAGGUCUCGUGACGGUCAUUGAGACAGAAGAAAAUGCUUUCCUAGCUAGUGUCAAAUUCAGACCCGAUCCUACUCACCCGUUCAUUGAUCUCUCCGGUAGACGUUUUCGGAUAGGAAAAAUUCAGGGAAAGAAGGUUAUGUAUGUCAGAUGUGGGAGAGGAAUGGUGAACGCCGCAGCAGCAACGCAACAAAUGAUAGACGUGUUCAAAGUGAAAGGGAUUGUUCAUUUUGGGAUUGCAGGAAAUAUAAACAACUCAAUGUCCAUAGGAGACGUGACCAUUCCUAAUCAAAUCACCAAUGCUGGCUUGUGGGAUUGGCUGAAUCCCGACAAAGCAGAGGGAGGUGACGAUGAAGCGUACUUAGAUAUCAGGAAGUACAAUGUUCCACAAAGAGAAGGCAACAACAAUAUGUUAGGGAGUUUUAGAUAUGGUUACGAGCAACUGUAUUCAGUCACUGGUCACAUCAAUUCACCUCAGAACGUGUUUUGGAUCAAUACAACUAAAGAGUGGCUUCAUCUUGCAGCUGAUCUAGAGAAGAUAGAGCUGUUGCAGUGCGUGAAUUCAACUUUGUGUCUUCCAGAGAAACCAAAACUGGUUGUUGGAUUAAAGGCAGCCACUGCUAACAUAUUUGUGGAUAAUGCAGUCUACAGAGACUUCUUAUACGAUACUUUUGAGGUUUCCUCCUCCGACAUGGAGAGUUCUGCAGUGGCUAUGACUUGCGUGUCGAAUGGGUAUCCUGUAAUUGUUAUAAGGGGAUUAUCAGAUUUAGCUGGAGCGCAAAGAGGAACUAAUGCUAUUCGAAAGUUUGGAUCUUUGGCUGCCGCUAACACUGCAAAAGCUGUUCUAGAGUUCAUCAAGAAGCUACCACCAAACUACAACUUUGAAUCCUAUGUGUAGCCCCUAUUAUCAUGAGUGAUUUAAUCUGUAAUUUUCUUUUAUCAAAUAUAAUUAGAGCUCAUAUACUUAUCCACUA